AAGCGACAAGUUUCGCACGUUCCACACUGCGCUUCCAGCCAUGACGGACCAGUCGCAGGCUGGUGCGCAGCAGAAUGCCAAGGAUGUCCCCGAGCUGCCGAAGCCGGAGAUGCACAUCGUAGACAUGAGCAAAGCUGAGGUGGACUUUGCCAUUGAAGUGGCCAAGAAAGGCAUCAUCUCGCUCUUCAAAAAUGAGCGACGGUCAUUUUGCGAGGUGGCCCAGUUUAUCAAGAAGGAGUUCGACAAGACCUUCCAGGGAGCAUGGCACGUCUUCGUGGGAAAACACUUUGGCGCAUGGGUGACUUACGAGACCCACAAGCUGGUGUACUUCCACAUUGGCCAGGCAGGAUUCAUGAUCUACAAACACGGCUGAAGCAGUUUGAGACGCAGAAUUCAUGCGGUUUCACCUUCAUAAAGAGCUUGAACAUCGAGACUGC